GAAAACAUAUAAAAAUAUAGAUAGAAAAACAUUGUUGAGAGCAAGUGGGUGCUGCUUUAAUCAAACCGAGAACAGGCGAAGCUGUACAGAAACGUUGGGACAACUUACGUACAAUGUUUGUGCGAGCCCAUCGCAAACGAAUGGAGUAUAUUCCAUCUGGUUCUGGUGCAAUGGAGGCAAAUUCUUGCCUGUACGCAAAAAAUGUGAAAACAUAUAAAAAUAUAGAUAAAAAACAUUGUUGAGAGCAAGUGGGUGCUGCUUUAAUCAAACCGAGAACAGGUUAGUAAUUUGAAUUGCUUUAUUUUGCUCAUGUUUUCUAGCAUAAACUAAUAGCCAAUUUACUUAAUAUUAUAGGCACAAUUUUAAUUAUGCACAAUUUUAAUUAUCUCUAGGUCGUCCAGAUUCAUUUUGAUAAACACACAUUGAUAACACACAUAAACACGUGAGGCAUGCAUGCCUAGAACGUCGGGGCGUUUGAUUGGCCAGUCGUAAGAAAAUCGGUAGUCGGUGUCGUUAAAGUUAGCUAUUGGCCAACUCUACCGACUGACCGAUUACGACUUACCGACUACUCUUCCGACUCGUUGUAGACUCGCUUUCCACUCACCAAUUGUGACUUAAGACUACCGACUACCGACUACCGACUCAUUGUAGACCCGGCUAUACGGACAGGCCCAAGCAAGGGGCAGUGGACAUAACAAGGGAGUUUGCAGAUUGGCAUUGUUCGACAAAUUUCAGGUGAGUCUCCAACUUCCUUCCGCAAACAUUUUUUAUUCCUUAUCACGAUUCUUCAGCAUAUUAAUAUCACCUUGUAAGCAAAUAAAGGUAGUAAUAUGCCGGACAACGAGGAUGCACACAUUGCAGCAAAGGCAAAAAGAAAGCAAGCAAAGGCGGCUUGCACACGUGCAAGAACUUUCGUCGAAGAGUUAGGCGACAGACAAGUAUCAGUCUCGGAGUUGCGACAGAGACAGAUGAAAUUGAGAGAGUGUUGGCAGAUCUUUGAAGAUGUUCAAUCACGAAUCGAAAUGUUGGAAGCCACUGAAGAGCAUGAGGUCGCGCAUAAUGAAGAGCGGCGUAUCUUCGAGGAUAAAUAUUUUGAGGUAGACGCAAAACUAGAAGAGCUCAUUACAAGGGCGGCUGCAAAUGAAGCCAUGCUUGGACCUAAUCCUUUCGGAGCGCUGCAAAACAUACGCGACAACGUCCCGGUGCCAAAUAUGAACGUGAGAUUACUAAGGAUUGAUCUUCCUUCAUUUUCAGGCGCCUAUGAAGACUGGAGACCGUUUCGUGACGCAUUCAUGUUAAUAAUUCAUGAAAACGCCAUAGUGCCGGCUAUUCAGAAAAUGCAGUACCUCAAGGCAUCUCUCAAGAGCGAGGCGGCUGCUAUCAUCAGUGCUCGAAUUGUCGGUUGAAAACUACAUUGAAGCAUGGGAGAUGUUAAAUGAGAGAUAUGACAAUCAACGAGUCAUUGUGCAGAAGCAUAUCAAAACCAUUUUUGAUAUGCCAAUAUUAUCAAGAGAAAGUCACACGGAGCUUCGGCAGCUUUUAGACACAAUUUUGAAGCAUUUACGGGCCCUUAAGGUUCUAAAACGUCGCACGGAUCAUUGGGAUGACCUUCUUAUUCACGUGGUCACCAGCAAGCUGGCACCUAUCACGAACAAGGAAUGGGAGACCAGCCUAAAGAGUGCCAAUGUUCCAACGUUUAAGGAAUUGAUCGAAUUCUUAUCUCAGCAAUGCCGAGCGUUAGAAGCCGUCGAUAGGAAACCGCAGAUCGCAGCGUGUCCCAGUAAGUUUGACAAAGGCGGCACGAAGAAAGCUACGACCGCCCAUGUAGCGGUCACUAAAACGCCAUGCAUCUUUUGUAAAGGAGAUCAUCCAAUUUUCCGUUGUGACAAGUUCAUCGCGCUGUCCGGCGACAAAAGGCUACAAGAAGUAAAGGAACGCAAGUUUUGCCUAAACUGUCUGAAAUCUACUGAGCAUAGAGCAAAACAGUGCACCGCCGGAUCGUGCAAAAAGUGUAACAAAAGACAUAAUACACUAAUUCACAUCGAGUCAAACAAGCAGGUCGAGAAUGUGGAAAAUGACGCAUCAAGCUCUCGUCCAAAUCCAGAACCGUCAGCCGCCAGCGUGAAUCAUAUAGCCUGUAAAGAAGGACAUCAAUUCUUGUUGUCAAUGGCAAUCAUCCAAGUCAAGAACGCCAAGAGAAGUCUGCAUUCGUGUCGAGCACUUCUAGAUAGCGGAUCUCAGUCAAAUUUUGUGACGAUCGACCUAGUGAAAAGGCUCGGGUUGAGGCAGUUUUAUAGCUGCGUUCCAAUCAGCGGUGUUGGUGGCGCAGGGACUGACACGCACAGCUCUGUCAAGAUAUGCAUGCAGUCUCGUUUUAAUGGAUUCAAGGUAGACCUUAAUUGCCUAGUGCUUCGGAAAAUAACACAGGAUCUGCCAGCCACUUCUAUAAAGCGAGAAUAUGUUUAAAUCCCAUCAGAAAUCACUUUGGCGGAUCCCGACUUUAUGGAAUCGUCAAGAAUCGACAUGCUCUUAGGGGUUGAAGUGUUUUGGGAUUUCAUGUGCGUAGGACAAAUAAAGAAAAUGGAGAGUCAGCCGUGCUGGCAAAAAACGCAUUUGGGCUGGAUUGUAGCGGGUGGAAUUCAAACAAGGUCUUGCUCAGCAACAACAGCAUGCACUCUGGCUACAAACGAAGAAUUAAAUCAAAAUAUAAAACGGUUUUGGAAAAUCGAGCAUGGCGCGCGGAAUCAAGAAAUGUCGCAUAAAGAACGAAAAUGGUUAAGGCAUUUUGAAGAGAAUUUUAAACGAAACGCGGAAGGUAAAUUUGUCGCCAAGCUCCCAAUUAAGCGCAAAGAAAUGGCGCGUCUUGGACCGUCUAAGGAUACGGCGAUAUCUCGUUUCAAGGGACUGGAAAGACGACUCGAACGUCAGCCGGAAAUUAAGAGAAGAUACGUAGAAUUUAUGAAUAAAUACAAACUAUUAGGACACAUGAGAGAAGUCACGACUGCGAAUACAACAGCGAUGCCGCACUAUUACUUACCCCACCGCUGCGUCAUUAAGGAAGAAAAUUCUACAACUAAGUUGAGGGUGGUGUUUGACGCCUCCUGCAAGACAGCAUCCGGUGUCUCCCUCAAUGACACGCUUUUAGUCGGUCCCACGUUACAGCAAGAUCUGCUAUCAAUUGUCGUAAGAUAUUCAAGUAUGUUUUGAUUGCAGAUAUAACAAAGAUGUACCGCCAGGUAUGGGUGGAUGAAGAGCAGGUACCACUACAACGCAUAAUCUGGCGAGGCGAUCCAAGGGAGCGGUUGAAAGAGUUCGAGUUAUUAACGCUAACCUACGGCACUGAACCGGCAUCGUUCCUUGCGAUCAAUGCAAUCCAAACACUGGCCAGGAUGAAGAAGGAGAAAUACCCAAUUGAAUCACAGAUUGUGCUAAGAGAUUUCUAUGUGGAUGAUCUGAUUACGGGAGCAAAUUCGAUGAAGCGCGCAUUGCAAAUACGCAACGAAACUAUGAAGCUUUUAGCCGAGGGUGGAUUCAUACUGCGAAAAUGGGCUUCCAACGAACGAACGCUCAUAGAGGAUGUACCAGCUAAUUCCGCAGGCUUGACCAGAUCGCUGGACAAGGGAGGUGUUCUUAAAACACUAGGCAUUCAUUGGAAUCCCGUAGAAGAUAUGUUUCAGUACAAAAUAUCCGUCGACAUGAAGCAGAAUCAACGAGUUACUAAAAGAAUCAUAAUGGCAGUCAUUUCGCGAAUAUUUGACCCAUUGGGCUUCCUAGGGCCGAUAGUUAUAUUAGCUAAAUUAAUUAUUCAAAGACUGUGGAACUUGCAAGUAAAUUGGGACGAAUCAUUACCCUUUGAAUUACACACAGAUUGGACCAGGUACAAGUCUCAGAUAAUGCAACUAAAUGAGUUUCGGAUACCAUGCAAGGUUGCGGCUGUACAUGCAAUAAUGCGAGUUAAAUUACACGGCUUUUGUGAUGCGAGUCAAGAAGCGUACGGAGCAUGUAUAUAUAUGCGCGUCAGUGAUCAAAACGGAACUCAUCAAGUAAAUCUGUUAUGCGCAAAGUCAAGGAUCGCACCACUAAAAUCAAUAAGCAUACCCAGGCUGGAGUUGUGUGGCGCUCAAUUGCUAGCACAGCUAAUUGACAAGAUAAUUCCAAUUUUGGACUUAGAGAUACAUCAGACUUGCUGUUGGACAGACUCAACGAUAGUCCUCGGUUGGAUAAAGUCUCCAAGCCGCAGAUUCAACACGUUUGUGGCUAAUUGGAUAGGAGAGAUUCAGGAACGCACACAAGUUGAGGACUGGCGUCAUGUGGGAACUGCUGACAACCCGGCCGAUAUUCUAUCGCGGGGAGCAUGCCCAGAGGUCCUCAAAAUAUCGGAACUGUGAUGGAACGGACCCAGUUGGUUGCGCAGUAAUGAAUCACAAUGGUCCAAAUUUAUAUGACCAGACUUAGAUUCGGAAGAGCUACCUGACCAAAGAAAGACAGUAAUCGCUGUUUCUACAACGCUGGAUGAGUUCGAUAUAAUAGAGAGAUUUUCGUCGUAUGCUCGAUUGACAAGAACAGUCUCACUGUGUCUGCGUUUUACACACAAUUUAAGAGCUAAGAUGGAUCAAAGAAAUCUUGGCCCAAUCACGGCGCAAGAACUUGAAGUAGCUAGAAAACGUCUCAUCAAACAGAUUCAGCGGAUAGCAUUUCAAAGAGAGAUUGAAGACAUCAAAAAAGGGAGCAUUGAUCAAGGAAACAAUCGUUUGCUCAGUUUAAAUGCAUUCAUAAACGAGGGUCUCUUAAUAAGAGUAGGUGGUCGUCUAAAGAACUCGGAACUAUCAUACUCAGCAAAGCAUCAACCUAUUUUGCCAGCGCAUCACCGACUUACGAGAUUGAUCAUUAAGCAUGAGCACGAAAGAGCCUUACACGCGGGACCGCAGCUUACGUUGGCGUUUGUGAGGUCGCAGUAUUGGCCUUUAGGAGGCCGAAGAAUGGUACGUAAGGUAGUCCACGAAUGCGUCGUUUGUUUCAAGGCGAGGCCUCGAGCCUCUAAAACUAUUAUGGGCAACCUUCCUUCAGCAAGGGUUACUUCGUCACGUCCUUUUGAUAACGUUGGAGUUGAUUAUUGUGGCCCAGUAUUAAUAAAGGAAGGUAAGCGCCGUAACGCAAAAACAUCAAAGGCAUGGAUAUGCAUAUUUAUUUGCAUGGCCACGAAGGCGGUUUACAUCGAACUGGUAUCCGACCUGAGUAGCGAAGGUUUUUUGAACGCUCUUAAACGAUUCAUGGGCCGAAGAGGAAAACCAUCAAGCAUCUUCUCGGAUAACGGGACGAAUUUUGUUGGAGCAAACCGCGAACUAAAGGAAUUAUACGAUCUUUUCAACAAGGAAGAAUUUCAGCAUUGCAUCAUGAAGGAAACUGCCAAUAAUGUCAUUUCCUGGCACUUCAUUCAGCCGCACGCGCCACAUUUCGGCGGCCUAUGGGAGAAAAUAUUUCAAACAAUAGUUUCGUAUUUUUUCAUAUAGAAUUCGAAUCUGCGAUAAAAAAUACGGUAAAUAUUUACAUAAGGUCAGUACCUUCAAAAGUCAAUGAUCUCGACAUAUGUUGUCAAGGACAUAUUCCCGAGUAACAAUCAAAAGGUUUCCACGCAAAGCGAGAUUUAAUCCAAACUUAUGUGUCUAGUUUUUUGGUAGUGGAGCUUCCCCGAAAGGGGAGGGGGGCGGAAGACACUGCCUCCACGUAUACACUAUCCACGCGAAGCGAGGUUCUACAUAGGUUUGCAACUUUCACGCAAGGUUUUUAACUUUCAGUUGUAAACCGAUGUGGAAUCUGACUUUGCGUGGAAAGUGUAUGCGUAGAGGCAGUGUGUUCCGCCCCUUCCUUCCUACGGGGGGGGAGGGGGAGGGGGCUUCACCAUUAAAAAACUAUACAUAGAAUCUGGAUUGAAUCUCGCUUUGCGUAGAAAUUUGUAAACCCAUGUGAAAUCUUGCUUUGCGUGAAAAGUGUACAAUGAUGUAUCCAAUAAAUGUUUUUUAAUAACUUUUUGUAACGGUGCAGCCCGCAAGCUGCAUCGUUACGGCUACGGACCGUCCAUCGUCCGUAGCCCACCAAGGGCACAUCGAGCGCCAAUAAGACUUUGUAAUAAACAACGGCGGUCAAUCGCCGAACGGACCCCCACAUCCGACCGUUCCGAAUUCCGCUUAGUGGGGGCCCGCCGCCGAAACCGCCGAUGCUUGCCGAUCCGAAGUCAGUCGGCCGCCAGCCGAGUAUAAAAGAGGCCCGGCUGUACGUCUAUUUCACCAGAUCCUGUUCGUUGCUAGACAGCGAACCUCCCUCUACGCGUUCUCGUAGCCCGCCGAGCGUACUCGGCUUCUAUGCCUUUUUCUAAACACACGAGCGUUCUCGUGUACCGCCGAGCGUUCUCGGUAUUCUUUCCUCUGCAUACGAGCGUUCUCGUAUACCCGCCGAGCGUACUUGGCUCUUCCAGGCACCGAUCUUCGUGCACGGGCAUUUCCGUGUACCCAGCCGGACCGCCGCUCUAAAUCCACCUUCGUACGAGCGUUCUCGUACUUCCGUCGAGCGUGCUCGGCUUCAAGCCUCUGAUACGAGCGUUCUCGUAUACCCGCCGAGCGUAUUCGGCUCCUCACCUCUUAAGACACGAGCGUUCUCGUGUACCCGCCGAGCGUACUCGGCUUCCCAAUCCAAAUAUCGCGUUUCCGUGCACCGGGAUUUUGAAGUUAAAAUUCAUCCGGCAGGUAAAACCGCAUCGACCAAUCCGCGCCGCCGAGCGACCCGUAUCGAUCGACUAUCGAACGAACUCGCGACACUUCUACGAACGCACCCGCCGACAGGCGCUCCGUCGUGCCAACCGCUACGACUCGAUCGUAUGUGCUUGCGCUAAUCAUUCCGCCGAUCGCACCAAGACGCUUCACGUCACGCGUAGACGAAUCAUACCUCGCCGUCAUAUGUUCAAACGUUUAUACAGAUUCACAUCGCCUUUAUUCACUCACGCAUUUAUAUAAAUCAUACGGAGUACAUUUAUUCCUAUACAGAAUCCACAUCGCAAUCAUACACUUCACACACUACAUACAUCACAUGUACACACAAUCAUCAAGCUUAUUAUUUCAAUAAACAUAUUAAUUUACUAUCAUCUCUCUUAAACGUGAGUUCUUCUUGGCGUACCCCCAAUCGAACGAACCCGGAUUCCGGCGAGCUAUACCGCGCCCGAAAAAGCUUACACGGUUUCAUUUUUAAUAAACAACGAGCGACGGCUAAAACCCUUUGAUUGUUAUUCGGGGGGGACUUUGACAUACAACAUAUGUCAAGGUCAUUGACUUUUGGAGGUGCUGACCUUAUGUAAAUAUUUACCAAAAAUACCACGUGCCAUUUAAAAAUUGAUUUCCGGUCUGGAUAGCCUACUUUCAAUUAAAACCGGAAGUUGAAAAUAUCACCCCGAUAGAGCGUACCCGAAGUAGUAUAGCAACACGGGUUCUA